AUGGCUGACUUUGUCAUCUUUAAUAGACUCUGGGCCAUGAUCUUCAGCUCUGCCGAAAUGGCAUUUAAGGUCAUUUUAACAUUAACCAGUGUUAAGUUCGACUAUGAACAUGAAUCCAUUAAUAGCACCUCUGAAGGAUUAUUUAUGUUAUUCUCCGUUUGUACAAAACGUAAAAACUUGAGAAUGGACUGGAGGGAGCCUGUCCAGAACCACGGCCCGCCCUACCUGUGCAUUCGUUGGUCGAGCCUGACGUCAGUUAUCGCGGAGUCCCGCCCAGGCCACGCCCCGACGUUGUCCUCCGGAAGGGGAGAAGGCGUGGCUAUUUCGUCUCGGGGCGGUCUCUGCGGUGUCUCCGCUGAGACUCCGAGCAAGCUCGAGGCUUCAGAGGCUUGCUUUGUUCCCACUUCAGAGGUUCCUGUUGCAUGUAAAUCAUGUCCCUGUGGUUAUAUAUUUAUUAGCAGAAAACUAUUAAAUGCAAAAUACUCAGAGAAAUCACCACCUUCUACAGAAAACAAGCAUGAGGCCAAGAGGAGGCGAACAGAGAGAGUUAGGAGAGAGAAGAUAAAUUCUACAGUAAAUAAAGAUUUAGAAAACAGAAAGAGGUCUCGAAGUAACAGCCAUUCAGAUCAUAUCAGACGAGGAAGAGGAAGACCUAAAAGUGCAUCUGCCAAAAAACAUGAGGAAGAAAGAGAGAAACAGGAAAAGGAAAUUGACAUCUAUGCUAACCUCUCUGAUGAAAAGGCUUUCGUGUUUUCAGUUGCCUUGGCAGAAAUAAAUAGAAAAAUUAUCAAUCAAAGACUUAUUCUCUGAUACUUGCCUGCAAAAUCUGUUGAAACUUUCUUCAGGAUUACUUCAGCAAUCCAAUUCACAGUUACGGACUCUCAGGAGCAUUCUGACUCUGUCAAUGUAAAGGGCCAUUGAUAUUUUCCCCUGUCAUUUAGCCUGUGCCGCACUUUGUGAGCAAAGCUGUAGGCCUGGACUGUUCUGGGAUUUCCUUGUGUUUAUCAAGGAGUAUUGUCAGUGUUUCGUGUUUGAGAUAUAAGUUCGUGUAUUUACAAAAAGAAAAAAAAAUGCAAAAUGGAUGUUGAAAGAUAAAAGUGGGUAGGAGUCAGGGUGGAAGUAUGAAAACUAGGAAAAUAAAAUACUUGAUAGUUUUCAGGUUUGCCACCAGAGAUGCAAUAUUUUAAAUACGGUCAGAAGAGUGACUUUAAAAUAUAUAUAUAUUUCAGAUUUUCAGCACUAACAGAUUGCAUAUAUAUACAGUUCAUUUACUUUUAAUAAAUUGCCAAUUGAUAUUUUAUUGAAUGGGGAUCUAAGAAUAUAAACUGUAAAUUUUGUCUUAAAUUGAUUUUUUUCCUUUAGUCUUUAUUUUUAUGACUUAAAGUAUGAGUUAUAUUUUAGGAGAUACUUCCUAGACAGUUUUGAAGUUUGGGUGCUAUAUGAAGACAAACAUUUAAGGAUAUAUCAUACUUCAGAUAUAAACACCUUGUUUUCUUGAAUGUAAUUUAUUUAUUGGUUAAAAAAAAAAACUGCUCUCAAGAUGGUGCCUGUUAACCUAAACAUAAAGUAUAUUUAUUACAUGCAAAAUAUUUCAUAGAUAGCCACUUUUAAAGUAGUGAUGUUUUACCUGAAUGGAUGUUCAUUUAUACAUUCUGAUUAUUAUUUAAAUUGUUACUUAACCUCACUCUGGAAGAAAAAAAUAAACCUU